AAACCGGCCCAAUUAGUGUCCUAUAUAAAAUUCAUAGAAAACCCUAGCUUCGCCUCCGCCGUCAACAAACGCACUCCCGUCUCUCGCAGCUAGGGUUUUCUUCUUCUCUCUUCUGGAAAUCAUGGCUGAAGUCGAAACCGAUGUCGCGAGCGGCCAGCCGAAGAGGAGAACAUUCAGGAAGUUCGCCUUCAGAGGCGUCGAUCUCGACCAGCUCCUCGACAUGUCGACCGACGAGCUCGUCAAGCUCUUCACUGCCCGCGCUCGCAGAAGGUUUCAGAGGGGAUUGAAGAGGAAGCCUAUGGCUUUGAUCAAGAAGCUUAGGAAGGCUAAAAAGGAAGCACCCCCGGGCGAGAAGCCUGAACCAGUGAGGACUCACCUUAGAAAUAUGAUCAUCGUUCCUGAGAUGAUUGGUAGCAUCAUUGGAGUCUACAACGGCAAGACCUUUAACCAGGUUGAGAUCAAGCCUGAGAUGAUUGGCCAUUACUUGGCCGAGUUCUCGAUCUCGUACAAGCCUGUGAAGCACGGUAGGCCUGGUAUUGGUGCUACUCACUCUUCCAGGUUCAUUCCCCUCAAGUGAGAGGAGCUUAUUGGAAGUCUAAACCUCAGUUUUGGAUCUGGAUCUUAUGCUUUUGAAUUCUGUUCUGCUACUUAAGAGUCUUAGACUGGUAUUUUGACAUUAUGAACUGCUUUUGUUUGGUAGUGUUUAGUGUUUAUCUAUCGGCAUUGUCUUAUAAUACAUUUCUUGGUAUUUAUGAACUUAAAGUUUCUGUUUAGAUUAUCUGGUACAAAGGUAAUUUGCUUUCA